AUGGGAUCACCCGAUCUCCAGCACUCCAAGUCCUCCUCCAGUUCUGGCUCGAGCUCAGGUUCAACAGCCAAAACCAGUCCACCAUCCAGUCCCGACAAUGAACCUGACGGCCUUCAGCGACCACCACGUCCUACCGCUCAUUACUCUUCGACUCCUCCACGACGCGGCAACAGACAUGCUGUCCAUACACCACCCGCCACACAUCGUUUAGGGGUUAUAGACGAAGACAGUCCGCGCGUUGCGCCUGAUAUACCGACGAGACAUCCAGAUCGUCCUCGAAAGACUGUCGCCUUCCUACCCGUCGAUGCGAAGAGACUCUUCAGCUUCUCGGCCUACGCACGGCCAGGCGAAGAUGUUCCACCUCCAGACGUCUACGAAAAGAUCACUGGUCCACGAGGCGAGAAGUUCGAAGACCUAAGGCGAAAUCGACCAUACCAUCCGCCAGGACGAGGAGGUGGUUGGCGAAGGAUGGUUUGUCUUGGGUGCGUCGCUUUCGUCAUUCUCGUCGUGCUUGGAAUUGCACUCGGUGUUGGCUUGGGCGUCGGACUGACGAAGAGAAAAGGAGCUAGCUCACAACCCGUCUCAACCGACCCUGUUCCAGCCGACAACACCACCUCCCCCUCCUCCAACAACCAGAACUAUCCCCUCGGCACAUUCGCCAUCCCAACCUACCUAACCACAACAAACACCUCCUGCACCAGCAACCCCGCAACCUGGCGCUGCUACCCCUACACAACCUACUCCCAAUCCACCACCGCCUCCUUCAGCACCCUCCUCUGGCGCAUCACAUCCCCCACAAACUCAACCCUCGACCUGCAAAUCUCAAACACAAAUCCAGCAUUCAGUUACCCCUUCACCAACGUCCCCCUCACACUCUCUAACGCAGGAGACCUACAACAAUCCGCAUUCACCUUCUCAUUCAACUUUCGCAAACAAGUCAUUCCCGACGCCGACAUCACAGGCGGCGACAACGCCGCGACGAGAUGCUACUAUAACAACACACUCGUCAGUGUAAGACUGUAUGAUAACGCACAAGGUGGAGGUGGGAACGUGACAAGACCACCAAGCGGACAGAGCGAUACUCAAAACGGUGGAGGAGAGCUGUGGCCUUAUGCGAUUGAGUUUGAAGAAAGGAUUGCGGAGCCGCCGGAGUGUUUUAGGUAUGUGAAUGGGGAGGAGGGUGCGGUUGUGCCGGUUGAUGAAGGGGUUGGAGAAUGUGUUUGUGGAUAUAGGAAUUUCGGGUUAUGA